AUGAUAAGCCCACAACAAAAUGAGCAAGAGUCAUCAUCUAUAAUACCAUCUGAAAAUCUAUUUGAUGUUGAUACUUUAAGAUCACAACAAUUUCCUAUUCGAUCAAGUCAAACACUGUCAACUGUUAUUGAAAAUAGCACACAUAUAAGCACAAACAAUUCUACAUCAUCAACUUGUAUCGAAAAAGUAGUUGAGUACAAUACUGACAUACAAUCUAGCCAAACAGCAUCUUCAGCUUAUUCAACGGAUUUCUUAUCAUUAACAAAUUCAAAUCAAUAUUCUCUAACACGUGAAAUAUCAUUAUCAGAAUCUGAUUUACUUACAUCAUUAGAUCGAAAAAUAAAUAAAAAAAUAGCAGACAAUCAAUCAGAGAGUGAUAUAACGGAUGAUUUGCUUUUUCUUGAAUGGGAUCAAGAACGAAAUUUAUCCCAAGAUUAUAUUAAUUCACUUCGGAGAGAAAUUCGUGUUCUUUUACAAGAACGUUUAGAUUAUCAAACGCAAUAUAAACACAUUAGUGAUGAUCAAGCUAAAAUUGAUUUAUUAAAAAAAUCAUUAGAAGAAAAAAAUAGUGUUAUUGAACAAUUACAAAAUGAAUAUGAACUAAUUAAAGAAAAAAAUAAUAAUUCAUUACGUAAAGUCUCUCUUGUAGAAUCUGAUAAUAAAUCAUAUGUUAAUGUUAUUGAUGAAUUAAAACAAAAUCUAGCUGAUUUAACUGUUGAUUUACAAAAUCAAAUACUUAUUAAACGACGUUUAGAAAUUUCAAUUAAUAAUUUAGAAAGUAAUUGUCAACUAAUUGAUGCUGAACGUAUUAAAUUAACAAAUGAUAUUAAAGAAAGUCAAUAUAAUAAACAAGAACUGGAAACGUUAUUGCAAAAAGCUAAUGUACAAGUUGCUGAACAGGGUUCGACAAUUGAAAUGCUACGUUCCGAAAAUGUUCAAGUUCGUUCGCAAUUGUCAACAAUGCAGCGUCGAAUGCUCCACGAAAAACAACAAAUAAUGGAUUAUCUACGUCAAAUUGAAAAUGAUCUCAUUGAAAAAGAACGCAUUAAACAACGUGAAUCAUUAUUACGUGAAGAUUAUGAACAACUAAAACACUCGAUUUAUCAUGAUCAACAAAGAUUAGAACAUGUACAAAAGGAAUAUUCACAAUUAUUAAAAAUAAAAGAUGAUGAAAAACUUCAUUUAGAAUUACAAUUAAAUAAUUGUAAAUCGGGAAUAGAACGUUUAUAUUCACAUUUUAAUUUAAAUAUUGAUUCAAUUGAUCAAAUAAUACCAAUUUUAGAAGAUCGAUAUCAAUCUGUACAAGCAUCACAGAAUUCCUGUCCAACAACAUCGAAGAUCGAUGAUAAAUACAACCAAUUUCGAACAAAUGUUGAACAAUUGACAAUUCAAUGUAAACAAUUGGAUGAAGCUAAUUGUGCAUGGCAACAAUUUCAACAGACUCAACUUGAUAAUUUUAAAAAUGAAUUUCAAAAUUAUUUAUCGAUUGAAAAAAAUUUAACUCUUGAUGAAAUAGCACAACUCAUUCUUGAUUAUCUAAAUCAAGUUGUCAGUGAACGAGAUGUUCUUAUGAGAAAUUUGGAUAAAAUCGAAAAAAUGAAUAGCAAUCAUACAACGAUGCAUGAACUUGAUCAAAAACAAGAUCUAGAUUCGGAACUGCCAUCAACUUAUUCUACGAAACAAACACAUGUAAUAUCAUCUGAAAACGAGUCUAUUCAAUCAGACGUUUUGUCUCUCAAUAGUUGUGAAGUAAAAAAUUUUCAACUUCGCUUAGAAUCAGAAAUCAAUUUAGAAACAAUCAAAGAAUCUUACACUAAUACAAUAAAUGAACUUACUCAAGAAUUAGUCAUCGUUAAAGAAGAACUUAAUCAACAAAUCAAUGUAUUAUCAGCAUCAUCGAAUGAGAUUACAAUUGAUCGGAAUAAUUCCGGCAUAAAAAAUAAUUCUUUAUGGCAACAAAUCAUCAUCGAAAUAUUCCGAAAUGAACUAGAAGAUUAUUUAUCGAUGGAUAUAGAUGUUUCAUUUGAUAAGAUUAUUAAACAAAUUGUUGAUCAAAUCAAAAGAGAACGAGAAGAUUUUCACGAACGUUAUCAAAAAUUAGAAACAACAAAUAAUCGUCUUCAAUCAGAACUCGAUAGUAAUAUGGAGUCAAUGCGGCAAUCUUAUUUGAAUAUUGUUAAUGAAUAUAAUCAAAAACUACUUGUAAUUAAAGAUGAAUGUGAAAGUUUUCGUCAAAUUAAUAAAGAACUUGUUGUUGCAAAUGAAAAUUUAAAUCGUCAAUUAGAUGAUCGAUCAAUAGUUGUGGGUCAUCAUUCUGCUUUAGAAACAAGUUUCGUUGAACAACAGAAUUUAUUUGAAAAUAACGAACAGUCUGAAACACAAGAUAAAUAUACUCAAUAUGAACGAAAAGAAGGAAAUCACAUCGGGACAGAAACAAUUCCAUUAGAUUAUAAAACUUGGUAUCAACAAAUUCAAGCUGAAUCAUUUAGCGAUUUAGAUUCCUUUUCUGAUGAUGAAAAUAAUCAAUUGAAUGCAUAUAUCAAUGACAUAUCUUAUUUAUCAUCAAUCGAUCUUUCAAAUGCUUUAAAUAGAGAAUGCCAACAAUUUUUAUUGAAGAAAAAUCUUAAAUUAAAUUCUUCUUUAAAUCUUGAACUAAAUCAUUUAGCAUUGAUAACAAUUAAUUUUCUUUAUAAUCAACAUUUAUGUGAUAAUGCUAAAGAAUUAUACAAUGAAACUGUAGUAAGAGCUUUAAAACAGGAAUAUCAUUUACUCAAUAGCGAAAGAAAUGAUUCAAUUGAAAAAAUUAAUUCUCUCCAAGAGCAGCUUCAACACAUGGACGAUGAACGUUGUAAUUCACAUGAAUUAAUUAAAAAUCUAAAUAAAAAUAAUGAAAAAUUAAACUCUGAACUAAAGCAAAUCGAAUAUUAUUAUGAACAAUUAGAGAAAGAAUAUAAUCGAAUUGGUCGUGAAAACGAAUUAUUAAGAGAUUUGAAUACAAAAAUUUAUCAAGAAAGAUCACGAGGAGAAAACAAAAAAGAUUGCAUCAAUGAUCAAUCAAUUUCAACAUCUGCUGAUAAUUCUACACAUUCAGAUAUUGAUAGUCAACAAAAUUCUACUGCUCAAAUAUCAUCUCAAAAGAAGCCUGCGGAAGAAAAUGAUUCAAAUAUUCAGAGUUUAUCGUUAGAAGAACCUAAUAUUUUAAACAUUCACAUUGAUAGAGAAACUCAAACUGAUAAUCAACGCCAAGACACACUUUUACAAAUAAACAACAAACUGAAACAUGCUCUUCAAACGAUUAAAGAAAAAAUACAUAAAGUCAUUGUUGAACAAUCUGACUUAUUUCGAGAUUCCAGUGAUAAUACCAUUGAACGACUUGAUCAUUUAAUUUCUACUAUUCGACAACAAAAAGAACAGAUCGAUCUGUUGAAAACUAAAAACGAGGAUUCACAAUAUGAAAUCAAGGAACUACAAAGUUCGCUAGAAGCAUAUCGAUAUCAACGGGAUGAUGAAGAUUCUACUGAAGUUGUCCUGUUAGAAGAUUAUCGAAAACAGAUUGAUCAAUUUCAACAGAACAUUUUGACAAAAGAUCAAGAAAAACAUUUAUUAGAAAAACGUUUACAAGAAAUUGAAUUUGAACUUAAGAAAACAUCCGAGGAUCAGUUGUCAACAAUGACUAAAUUCAAGCAAUUUGUACGAGAACAUGAUACUCUUGUUGAACAACAUAUUCUUCAAUCAACAGAAUAUCGACAAGAAAUUCAGCAAUUGCAAGAAAAACUAAAAGGUGUAAAUGAAAAACUUCUCUCCCAAGUUGAACUACAUGAAGACGUUGAAAAACAAAAAAACGAAAGAAUCAAUGAAUUAGAAAAUCAUAUAAAAAAUUUGAAACAAGAACGUAUCGAACUUCGACAAUAUGAAAAGUUACUUCAAGUUAACAACAAACUAAAACGUAUUGUACAAGCUUUCAAAGAGAAAAUUCAUCGUCUUGCUGAUGAUAAGCCAAGUCUAUUCGAAGGAAUUAGUGAAGAAAUAAGCGAACGCUUCAACCAUUUGAUUUCAAAAGUAGAAAAUCAAUCAACACAAAUUGAUGCCAUGCAAAUUGAACGUCAGCAAGCCGAUGAAAAAUCUAAACAGCAGAUUAAAGAGCUUGAAAGAUCUUUGGAAACAUACCAAAACGAACUUCAGUAUGAACGGCAAGUUAGAGCGGAACAACUUGUUUUUGCUGCUACACCAACUAUGUUAUCUGAAGAUAUUAGUUUAUCCAUCAAUGAAAAUUAUCAAAAGCAAAUUGAUCAACUGCAACGACAACUAUUCGAAAAAGACGAAGAACAAACCUUAUUAAAUGAACAUCGUAAUGAAGUUGAACUUGAAUUGAAAACAAUAAUAAUAAAUCAUGAAUUAACAAUGGUUAAAUACAAAGAAAAAGUUUUGGCUCUUGUGGAAGAGCGAAAUCAAUUUAUUGAACAACAAGAAAUUUCUUCAACACAACAUCAAAAUCAAAUGGUACAAAUGACUGAAUGUAAUAAUCUAAUGCGACACGAAAUAGAUGAACUAAAAGAAUCGACAGAACGCCACCAACAUGUAACAAGCCAAACACUUGAAGAAAUGAACAUCUUACAAGUAUUAAUAGAAGAAAAAUGCCUUCUUCUUGCUCAUCAAAUUGACUCCAAUGCAAAAUUACAAGUUGACAUAGAAGAUCAAAGAAUAUACAAUGAAGAACUAUCAAAUGAGUAUAAGAAUGAAAUUGAAACUCUUACGAAAGAACGUAGUAAUCUUGUUCAAGAAUUAGAACAAGAAACGUUGUCAACUAUAUCAACUAGUAAUAAUGAAUGUCAAACAAAUGAUGAUCAAUAUGAGACAUUAGAAAUUGUAAAAGAAAAGGUUAAGCAGAUUGCUAAUGAACGACCACAUUUAUUUGAUGGAGUCAGCCAAGAGACGAAUGAUCGUGUUGAGCAUUUAAUUUCAAUAGUUGAAAAUCAAAUAAUACAAAUCAAUCAACUUGAACAGAAACUUUCACAAAACUAUGUUGAACAAGGAGUAUUUCAAGAACGUCUUAAUAAAGUUGAAAUCGAACUACAACAAACACUAAUGAAGAAAUAUGAAGUACUCUUACAAGAACGUGAUGUAUUGAUUGAACAACAAUCACGUCGUUUAACGGAGAGUCAACGCGACAUUGAACUAUUGAGUAAUAGAUCAGUUGAUUGUCAACAUGUAGAAAUUCAAACCGAUGAAGAUACAAAAGUAUUGUAUGAGCAACUCAAUGAUCUGAAUGAAAAACUUCUCACACUGGAAUCUCAAAUUGAAUCUCAAGAUGCAGUUAAAAGCAAAAAGAAAGAAAUUGAAGAACAGCUAAACGAGUAUAAGAAUCACAUUGAUAAUCUUAUGAUCGAACGUCAAACACUUUUAGAAAGCAUAGAAAAAAAUAGUAAACCAUUUAUUCAAUUCAUCGAUUAUGAAAUUCAAACCGAUGAUGAUCAACAUGAAGAAUUAAUUCAAAUUAACAGCAAAUUAAAAGAUACGAUAGAAUCAAUUAAUGAUAAAUUUCAAAAUAUUGUAGCUACAAGACCCGAUCUAUUUGAAGAUAUUAGUGAGGAAACUAAUGAACGUCUUGAUAACUUAAUUUCAACUAUAGAAAAUCAAGCAAGAUUACUAGUUAAAUUACAAACUGAACGCGACGAAAAUGCAGAAAAAUCUCAAUCUGUAAUGAGUGAUCUGAAAGACUCAUUUGGAAUAUAUCGACAACAAAUUGAUGACGAAUAUCGUGUAAAACUUGACGAAUAUAUUCCAUCGCCUUCUCCAAUUACUCACGAGAUCGAAACUCAAACUAGCGAUUACUCAAAUCUGGAGGAUACAAGUAUAAGCACGGGAGGAAUUCGUUUUUUUGAAACAACUGAAUCCAACGAUAAUGAAAUAAAUACUUGGUUUGAUGCUACACCUGUUAUUAUAGAUAAAGAUGAAAUCGAGCAUCAAGAAUUUCAUGAUAUUGAUAUUCAAUAUACAUGGAUACCGUCAGCAUUACCUGAACAACUUACUAAUGAAAUUCGUUCUUUUGAAUCUCAACUAUCAGCUGAUUGUUCAACUCAAACUGAUGUUGACACUGUUAAAGUUGAAGAAAUUCAACAAAUAAAAGAUAAAAUUCUAGAAAUUAAUUUUGAACGUUCAGCAUUAUUAUCUACGUCAAAUGAAAAUAUUUUAGAAAAUCUUGAUAAAAUUAAGUUAUUCAUUGAAUGUCUUCAAACCGAUAUAAAAGAAAUAAAUAGUUCAUUUGGAACAUAUCGUAAUAGAAUUGAAGAAGAAAAUUUCAUUACAAUGAAUCAAUCAAAAUUAUAUGAAUCGAAUCAUGUUGGUACUCAAACGUUAGGUUUAUCAAUUGUUGAAGAACAUCAGAAAAAAAUUGAAAAUCUUCAACAAAAUGAAUUAGUGUAUCAACAUGAAAUCGGACGUUUAAUUGAAGAGAGAGAUCAAGCAAGAAAUUUCAUUACUCAAUGCAAUGAGAAAGACACACAGAAAAGAAACAACUAUGAAACAUCUUUUCAAUCGCAAAUUCAAGAGCGAGAUGAACAAAUAUCACAAUUCAAUGAAAAAUUACAACAGCAAGAUCAUAAUUCAUCCAUAUCGUUGAACAGUAUUUCAUCACAGACCAACUGCGACGUAGAUAGUAAAAAUGAAUCAUGCAUUAGAGAAUAUCAAUCUCAAAUAGAUAGUCUUCUUCAUGAACGUUCGGUUUUAAUGAAAAAAUUGAAUGAGCAAAUGCUUCAACCAUCAAAAGUUGAUGUUGAAACGCAAACAAUCAAAGACACUGAUAUGUUAUCAUCAUCCGAUCAGAGUAUUUCACGUCAAAUGUUUGAAAAAGAAAUGCUAGCAUGGGCAAAAGAAAGUGACCAAUUAAAAUCUUUUGUUAAACAAAUACAAAUUGAGAAUAAAAAGCUUAAAGAUAUUAUUCUUAAAUUUGAACGUAUGAUUCUUGAUUAUGUGCAUGAAAACGAUAGACUUAAACAAGAAAAUCGACAACUUUCGUUAAUUAAUUAUUCAUCCAAUCAGGAUAUUGAUGAAAAAGAAAAUUCCAAUGAAGAUGUGUGUUUUUUAACAUUAAAAUGGUUAACCUAUGAAGUAGCACAAAGGGCAUCAAAUAUUAAUAUUAAUGAACAAUCAUUAUUAUUGAUUCAAGAGUCCGAACGAGAUUUUAAACAAGAACUUACUGGACAUGAACUACAGCUUCAAAAGAUUCGUAUUCAAAAUAAAAGAUUAAAAAGUCAACUUGAAUCAUGUACAAUGCAUUUUAAACAUAUUCAAAAUGAAAUGAAACUUCAAAUCGCAGAGAUGUCGGCAAUUAAAGAGGAAACAGAAAGACUGCGUAUAAAUGAAAUACAAUAUCCUUUGGAAAUUGAUCGUCUUCAAACCGAACUUAAAUAUGAUCAAUUAAAAAUUCAACAGCUCGAACGUGAAUUAGCAGAUACGAAACUUAAACAAUCACGAAUCGAUAAUACUUCAGUAGAUAGUCUUCGUGAAUUACUUGAAUUAAAAGAACGAGAAUUAAAUGCAUUAAAAGAAAAAUUCGAUUUUACGAAACAAACUCAUGAAGUUGAAUUACAAGAAGCAAUCAAGGCAAAUCAGUUUUCACUUAAUCAUAUCAAACGUUUUGAACAAAUGAAUUUAUGUCAACAGGAAAAGCAAUUCGAUUUGGAGAAAAAACUUGCAAAAUUUCGUUCUAUUGUUCAGCCACUCAUUGAUCAUGAACAAUUAUUUACUAAGAACCCAAUAAUUAACAUAGGUGAACUACAAAAGUUAAUGACUGACAUUGACAAUGAAAAACAAUUGGUCAGUUCUCUUGAACCAAUUCGUGAUUGCUUGAGUCUUUUGGAAGCUCAAAUGAAAGAUUUACAUCAUAGUAUAAUUCAAAAUCAUGCACGACGUUCAAGAAAAUGGAAAUACAAAUUAGGAUUUGAAUGUCUUUCAUGUGAAAGUCGAUGGGAAGUUACACACGACAUUCGUGAUUUACAAGAAGCAUGUUUAGAUCCGACUCGUUUUAUUGAAUCAUCGCUGGUUGAACCUAUGACGGGAUGUUCAUGUCCAAUAAUGAUUGAUUUCGUUGAAGGUGAUGUUCGUCUAUGUUUAGAGGAUCUACUAAAUGAAGUGAUAGUAAAAGCAACAGUACCAUAG